AUGGCGCACCUCGACAUCCCACAGACGGCGAGCAACUCGACCAAUGAACUGCACACGCUGCAGUCGCUUCCCAAAUCGAGCGUCUUCACAUCGAACCUUCCCGCCGAUGACGUGUUCCCUAGACCGAAAGACUCCCACGAUGCGCCACGGCAAAUGCUCGGACCGCGCAUGGUCAAGGGAGCACUAUACACAUACGUCCGACCUGACUCACAAGGUGAACCGGAGCUGUUAGCUGUCAGUCAGCGAGCGAUGCAGGACAUUGGUCUUAAGGAAGAGGAGGCCAAGACGGAUGAAUUCAAGGAAGUCGUGGCUGGAAAGAAGAUCCUGACAUGGGACGAGUCGAACCCGGAAGCUGGAAUAUACCCUUGGGCACAAUGCUAUGGAGGCUACCAGUUCGGACAAUGGGCAGGCCAACUUGGUGAUGGACGCGCCAUCUCCUUGUUUGAGUCUACCAACCCAGCGACCGGCACACGAUACGAGAUCCAACUGAAGGGUGCUGGACGGACACCCUACUCCCGCUUCGCUGAUGGCCGCGCAGUACUGCGAUCUUCUAUUCGAGAGUUCGUCGUCUCGGAAUAUCUCAAUGCCAUUGGCAUCCCCAGUACAAGAGCGCUGGCGCUCACCCUGAACAAUGGCAGCAAGGUCAUGCGCGAACGCACAGAGCCUGGAGCCAUCGUCACACGAUUUGCGCAAAGUUGGAUCCGCUUCGGAACGUUCGACCUCCAACGCAUUCGCGGAGACCGAAAGACCCUCCGCACAAUCGCAGACUACACAGCCGAGCACGUCUACGGCGGCUGGGACAAGCUCCCCUCCAAGCUCCCCGCCGGCGAAGCCAAAGAAGUCCAUUCCCAAACGCACACCGGCAUCCCCAAAGAAACCGUCGAAGGCGAGAACGAAGGCGAAGAAAACCGCUACGUCCGCCUCUACCGCGCCAUCCUCCGCCGCAACGCCGAAACCGUCGCAAAAUGGCAAGCCUACGGCUUCAUGAACGGCGUGCUAAACACAGACAACACAUCCAUCCUCGGUCUAUCCAUCGACUUCGGUCCCUUCGCCUUCCUCGACACCUUCGACCCCACCUACACUCCCAACCACGACGACCACAUGCUCCGCUACAGCUACCGCAACCAACCCACAAUCAUCUGGUGGAACCUCGUCCGCCUAGGCGAAGCCCUCGGCGAACUCAUGGGCGCGGGCAGCAAAGUCGACGAAGCCCAGUUUAUCGAAAAAGGCGUAACAGAAGAAGAAGCAGACGGCAUAGUCAAAUGCGGCGAAUCCGCCAUCGACCGCGCAGGCGAAGAGUACAAAGCCGUUUUCCUCGCUGAGUACCGGCGUCUCAUGACGCUUCGUCUGGGCCUCAAGACGCAGAAGGACAGUGAUUUCGAGGAUCUGAUGUCGGAGUUGUUGGAUACGCUGCAGAUGUAUGAACUGGAUUUCCAUCACGCGUUUAGGCGGUUGGGGAAUGUGAAGUUGAGUGAAGUGGAGACGGAGGAUCAGAGGAAAGAUGUUGCGGGCAGGUUCUUUCGUAGGAACGACGCGCCGAGGCAGGAGAGCGAUGGGCGGGAGCGGAUUGGGAAGUGGUUGGAGAAAUGGUCGCAGAGGGUGAGGGAGGAUUGGGGGGAGGGCAAGGAUGAGGAGAGGAAGGUUGCUAUGGACAAGGUUAAUCCUAACGCAAGUCCCAUUCCACUCUGUGCUAGAGAUACAGUGCUAACGUCAACGCAGUUCAUCCCCCGCUCCUGGAUCCUAGACGAACUCAUCGAGCGCGUGGAGAAGAAGAACGAACGCGAGAUCCUGCCUCAGAUCAUGAAACUUGCGCUUAACCCCUUCCAAGAAAGCUGGGAGUGGAACGCAGAGGAGGAAGAGAGGUUCUGUGGUGAUGUACCGAAGUAUAAGGGUAUGUUGCAGUGUAGUUGUAGCUCUUAG